GGUGGCCCACGCUGCCGUGGCCUUGGCCGAUGGUGUACUUCUCCGGCGGCAACCCGAACGCGGGCCGCAAGGUGGUCACUGAGCAGGAGAACCGAACCUGGUCGCAGCGCAUCGCGAAGGAGGAGUCCAUCAACGCCAAGGUGAAGCCGGGCAACUUCCAGAUACGCUCCGCGAUCAAGGUGGCCGACGUACCCGCCGACUUCAAGAUCGGCAGCGACCGCCCGCAGAAGGGGUUCCAGGAUGGCGAGAGAGGUUUCGAGGAGUUCCGCAGGUCCAUCAACGAGCGUACGGCGGGCCCGAGGGAGCUUCGCGCGUACCCGGAGACCAUGCAGCAGCAGCAUGGGUGGCUCCUGGCCACCACCCUGGGCGCUGGGAAGCGCGUGGGCGAGGCGGAGCGCCUGCGGGUGCAGCCGCUGUGCAUGGGCCACGGCUGGCUGCCGAACCUCAGCCCCGAGGACGCCCUGGCGGCCUCCGCCGGCGCGGCAGAGGCGCGGUCCGUCGUCUCCGCCGCGCCCCCCAGCGCGCUGUCCGCGGCGGCUCCGGCUUCGGUAGUCUCGGCGGCAGGGCCGGAGGUUGUCAGCCAGCUGUCUGUGGCCCCGCCAGCCAGGAGCGCGCUGUCCGCGAGCGCGCCGGCCCUCCGCAGCGCGCUGUCGGCCGCGGCGCCCAGCGGCCUGGCGGGCCAGAGCGCGCUGGCGCCCACCGCGCCGCCCGCAGCGGCGUCGUGUGUCGCGCCGGCGGCGCCGUUGCGCGGCGGCCACCCCGCCUCGCAGCUGUCCGCCGCGAGCUCGCUGCCGGCGCUGCGCGAGGGCGGCGACGCGCGGGCGCUGCUGCAGCGCAGGGAGGCGAAGCUGGGCCGCCUGGUGGAGCGGUCCCGGGCCUACCUGAAGAACGGGGAGCGCGGCGAGGCCUGGUUCAAGGGACGCCCGCGCACGGACGCCACCUACUUCCAGGAGCACUUUGCCCGGAACAACGGAGGGCUCCCCCCGCACAAAGUGCGGGGGGCCCGGGACUUCGCCAAGCCCAGCAUCCCGUGACGCGCCCCGCCCACGCUGCGCGCCCGCGCGUGCGUGCGCCCCCCCAUCACGCGCAGUCGUUCCCCGCGCCCGCCUCCCCUUCAGAGGUCGCCGGCCG